AUGUGUGCCACAAAGUCUGCAAAACGCGCUGAAGAGGACGCAACAGUGAAAUUCGACUGUCUCAUCCAAACCAUCGAGGCGAAGAAAGCAGAGUUGAUUUCGGCCAUUAAGGAGGAGAGGGACCGAAAAUUGGGCGCCUUAAAGGAGCAAAUACACCAAUGCACCUCCAAACUCACUCGUUCCACCGGUCUCAUUCAAUUUUGUAUAGAAAUGCUGAAGGAGAAUGAUGCCUUCUCCUUCCUUCUUGUGUCUCAAUCCCUUAUAAAUCGAGCGUUGCACACAGAGCAGUCCUUCCUGCACGCAAUUGAGACACCUCCAGCCGUGGUUCAGUUCUGUCCACGCACACAACCGACAACUGCUUCCGGCCAAUCGCAUCCCUCCACCCCGGCCCACUGGGUCAAGGGCAGAUCGGCCCCCUUAGCACAUUCCAGUUUCGUUUCUCUCAUGCAAUUGGACGCCAUCCACAAGGUCAUCAGUGACCUCUCACUUCAUGAAGGAAUUGGUAAUUUUAAUUUUAGCCUUUUUUAA